AUGAGGCUUCGACUGACGGUGCAGAGAAACGGCCUCCCUGCCGCCAACGUCGUGUGGAGUGUGCCCGAGACCAACAGCACACAGGCAUACACCGUCACGCGUCUGCUCGAAGACGUCAACCUCAUCAUCCCGCUCGAGGCAGAGCACUGGGGCCUGGAGCACUAUGUCGUCGAGGUGGGCGGCUUCGAGUGUCUGCACUUUAUGCCUGUCGCUCACGCGCUCAAGGAAGACGACCAUGUCUCCAUCCGCCCGCUCAUGACUGCCGAAGUACGCGCGCGCACCCUCACCGGCCGUGACCAAAUCUCAGAUGGAGGCCAGCACCUCGUCGAUGGCGUUCCCUUUGGCCGGCCCUACCUGCGACAGCCUAAUCGACCCGCCGUUCGCAUACCUCCGCGCAAACGACGCCGACUGGACGACGUUCAGGCUGAGGACGAUGCCCAGGCUGUCGGCCUGCUCACAGAACACGGAGACACAACCCAAGUGCGCGAACAACUUGCCAUGCUCAACAACCACCAGCGGCCGGGAAGCCAAACAUCGCCGUCGCAACGGGCAGCCAAAUCAGUGCAGUUCAAGCAGCCAGAGAUAGAAGCAUUUGAUGACAGCGAGGAAGACGAUGACGACUUUGCUCCUGACGAGGCACAAGGCGAGACUUCGUCUUCUGAUGCGUCGGAUUCCGACUCGGAAUCAGAAUCAGACGUAGAUGCAGUCGCAAAGUCGCAUGGGUCAUCUAGCGGUUCAGACACUUCAGAUUCAGAUUCAGAUACUUCGAGCGACAGCGAUUCCGACUCCGACGAUAGCGACGCAAGCUCCCCACCCGAUGUCUUGUCAUCCAAAGACGGUCGCAAGACCAGUCCAGGUACACAGCAUGUACCCCCUGGACAAGGUCUAAAAGCUACCAAGCUGAGGAACGCGCGACGUACAAAGGCUAACCGUCUGCGUAGCCUCAAAGCCUCGGGUAAGCUUCCUGAGAAUGCAACACUCGCGGAUCUGGCCGACUAUGAACAAGGAAGAUAUGAUCAAACUGAAGAAGCGGAACAUACACGGCCCUUCGCCAAGUCUCAAGGCAAGAGAAAACGGUUAGAUGAAGACGAGCCGACAGAGGAGGUUGCCGACGAUACAACAGAGCUUGAGCGAAGGAAACAAGAUCUGAUGGCCAAGGUUGGACAAAGUUCAGAUGCGACAACACCGGCAGACGAGCCUAUACAGUCAACGACUCCGGCUAUAGAAGGGGCAGAAGCAUCACUUACCGCUCUAGCCGAAGAGACACAGCCAGCAAAGAAAGAGGCUCUCUCAAGAAGGUUGCGACCAGAUACUCGUGCCAUUGGUCGAAUACUUGCUCGGCAGGCUGCACCUGCUCUCAGGAAGACCAAGGCGAAGGCUGCACCUGAAGAACGUUCGGAGCCCGAGGGUGCCUCUGAUCCCGACUUUUGGAAGACACGGGUCAACCUCUCUGCAUUCGAAUGUUGGGAGGAAGAUUUUGAGCUGAGCGCUCCGCCCUUCCCAUUCCAGCAGCACUGGGACCCAGCCAGCAAGCUUAUGCGCGACAAAGCUGCAAAGAAGAAGCAGAAGAGGCGAAACUACGUGCUGCAGGAAGCAACGCCUGAAGAAGAGGAAGAGGAGGAAGAAAAGAUCAUAUUAGACUAUGACGAUGCGCCUGCAACUAACCCCGACUCCGAGACUAUACAUGCAGCACUGGAAGACCAGUUACGUCAAGAUCUUGCGAUGGCUGCGCAGUCUGAUCUACCACCGCUGCCUCAAGAUAUGAGCACGUUACCAGAUCUCACCUCGUCCGACAUGAAAGCCGGCGCCAUUAUCGCAUGCAAAUUCUUUACCGUCAAUCCUGUCACCGUCACACCAGAGAUUAGUGAUUACAAAACAGCUAUUGUUGAGCAAGAAGGCGAUUCGGGACCUGGCGCUGGAACGAUACAGCUAAAAAUCGCUUUGCGCGACCUCCCGAAAAGGGAGAAGAAGUUCGAUAGCAAAGGUAACCGCAUCUACAACGCUGCCGACGCGCUUUUGAUGGAAGAAGACGAAGAGGAAGAGGGCUUGUGGGAAGGCCAAUUCGGCGAGCUUCUAGAAGCGAAGCUUGUGAAGGCUGCGUAG